ACCAGACCCCUAACCUACUUAAAGUAGGAGGAGACUUACAGUCUUUGAAUCAGUGUAUUGUAAGUGGUCACAUGACAAAAAUACAGCAUUACAGAUCGGGAAAUGGGUAUGACUUUUUUCACAAAUUUCUAAUCUGCUAUUGCUAAUCGAUACACAUUCCUUUUGCAUUAACAUUUAGUGUGUAUUUGUAGAGGCCAGUAAGUCUGCAAGAAAAUUUCCUCAAUUUUGCAAAUCCACCAGGAAGUCAGUGUACUUACUUAACCUUAGUAAAAGGGACAAAUAUGGGACUGAAAUCCCUAGUAAAUGAUUGACCUGUCUGUCAAAUGUACUGUGUACAGUGAAGCAGCGAGAAAGCAUUCCAUUCUCUGCCUUCUACGAGAGAAAGCAACUGAAUCACAAACAAGAAACAUGGCCACCAGCCACAGCUUCCGCAAUAGGUCCCCUCUACUGCCAAAGACAAGGAGUCAAGGGCAGCCACAUAAUCCUCACAUGGACAAAAGAGAGAAUUUGCCCAAGCCAUGGUUAACAGCAGGCAACAAGGACCUCCACUGCCCCGUGUGUUUACAGAUAGCCAGCUAUCCUGUAGAGACCAACUGCGGGCAUCUUUUCUGUGCACCAUGUCUGAUAUCAUACUGGAAACAUGGCACCUGGUUAGAUGCCAUCAGCUGUCCUUUAUGUAGACAGAAGGUGAAAAAGAUGUGUCGUCUCUUCAGCGAGAACACAGCUGACUGUAAGGAGAGAGAAGUGUUAAGACAUAUCAAAGACUAUAACAAGCGCUUCUCUGGAGCACCAAGACAGGUUAAGGAUUACCUGUAUGAUGCUCCACUCUUCCUGCUGUUGUUGGUGCAAUGGUUGGGGAACAUGGGCGGCUUGGUGUGGCUGUUUCUCUUGAGGGUGGCUGUCUGUGGCUUUGUGGCUGCCAUGUCUCUGGCAUCUCUCCCAUUGGAGACUCUUCCUGGGCCGUUGAGCAGUGUGCUGGGCGUACUUGAUGAUUUUGUAGCAGUCUUCCUUCUUCUUAUCUGCAUUUUUAACAUUAACCAGCAGAUGGGGCCACAGAGGACAAGAAUGCACUCAGUCACACAGGGUGUGCUGACCGACACAUUGUAGAGGAGGAUAUUGAUAAUGUGCUAACUAGCAUGUUGAAAUUCCACUAAUGAACCUUGUUAGCAAAGGUUAACAGUGUUAUGACCUGGUGCACUUUGUUCUCUGUGAACAUGGAUUUUCAGUGAAGAUGUGUCUAAAAUAGACAUGGCACAAACAGAUAGAGCAGAGUCCUGAUAAGGUUAUUUGUUUGAAGGGCAAUUUCAGGUGUUUCAUUACAAACGGUUUGUAUGCAUUAAAUGUAAAGUGCAUUUGUAAAUAUACAUGUUUUUAAUAAAUACUUAUUUAUCAUAA